AUGGCAGGCAAACUCGCCUCUCAAAGGGUUUCCCAAAAGGCAAUCUUGCAGGCCCAGGAUGACCUAUGCGUGCAGAUGGUAUCCACAGCUGGACGCACUGCAAGUGGUUGUCAGCGUCAGCCAACCAAAAAAGAAACCUAUCGAAUUUUAAAAUCUUGUCGAGGACCAGACCGUAGAAAAGCCUUGGAAGCCAAGGCAGAGAAGCAUAACUUAAAGGUGCUGCGGACAAAAUACCGGACUAAUCCUGAAGUCUUUGCCAAUGAGCCCACUGAGCUGCUCAGCGAGAUUGACAGGGAUGAAGAUAUCAUGUUUUCGCAUUGCAGUGUAACUCCGAAGCCGCGGUGUCCUGCAUGA